AUGGGCGUCCCGCGCACGGCUGCUGGCGAAGCUGCGUCCUUAUGCCGUGGCGGGUGCGACCGAGGCAAAGUUGAGCAGGCUGGAAAAGCACCUGUGACGUUCUUGCCCGAGGUCUGCGGCCAUGUUCGGGGCUUCGCCCCGGCGGAGCUUCGCCUGGUCUUGGCCGCUUUUGCAGGCCACGGGCAGGCGCUCUGGCUAAGGCCGAACAAAGAUGACGCCUACGAGGACGCGCCAGAAACUGCAGUGACAUUGCAGGACCUAGUCUUGCAGCUACUCGUGGGGGGCUCCCGGCUCGGCAACCCGCAGCAGCUACUCGAGACCGGAGAGGCUGUCUCCAUGCACGCUCCCUGUACCUCGCGCUUGGCGUCCGAGUUUUGGGUGGUCUUCGCGGAGCGAGUGACCCGCUUGGCCGGCUCCGAAAGCUUAGAGGGACAGCAGAUGGCCUGGGUCUUCUCCACGUGUGCACGUUGGACGCGGCGAUGCUUCGCGGUCGCUUCGCCAAGCUGGGGUCACAUGAUCCGAACCAUCGGGGGCAGACUGGCGGAGCCGGAGAACUUGAGCAAGCUUGAACUGCCUGAGGUGGUUGCACUGGCCAAAGAUGCCGCACACCUCGGAGAGCCCCAGCCAAGGCUCGCUGCUGCCGUCGGCCGUCGGGUUGGCUUGCCGGAAAGCCGUGGGAGGGACCGCGGCAUGCAUGACCUGAGCCCGCAAGACCUGAUCGACCUCAUCGGCGCUGCCGGGUCGCUCGGUGGCCGGCUGCACAUGAUGACCCGGGCCUUCUCGAACCAGUUGGAACCAAGAAUGCCGGAACUGCCCACGUCUUCGUUGGCCCAGCUUUGCUCGCACUUGGGAGCCCUGAAUAUGUUUCCGCAGCGUCUCACUGCGACCCUCGAGAACGUGCUCGCCGAACGGCUAAUCCAGGAGCCGCUGGAGGCUGCCUCGGCGCUGAAACUCCUGCGCGCCUUUGGCCGACUGCGCUGGCGUGCUCCUGGAGUGCUGGGCCCCGUGCUGGCGUGCCUGAAGAAGCCUACAUCUAUGGAUGCCCUGGGCGGUGCCGCUCUGGGAAGCCUUCUCUACGAGCUAUACAGGCUGGACAUCUGGGACGAGGAAGCAGCCAGCGCGGCGUGCCAAAGGCUUCGCGGUCCCCCACUGGACAGCGACCAGGACGACCCCCGGAAUGACGCCCUGCACAUGGUGUCCUCGCUGCCCUGCAAGACGGCGGCCAACGUACUUCUUGCCAUGAGCUACUUCGCGGUUCCGGACAAGGAUCUCCACAGACGCCUCGUCCAGGAGCUUCUUCGUGCAAAGGACCUGCCUCAGGAAGCCAUGUACCAGGUGAAGACUUUCGAGAUGGCGAUCCGUUUGGGCCACGCUGCAGUUUCUCUCCAGGACCUGGGCGGUCUGGCCGCGCGCUGGCUCUUCAGUGUGCGCGGCGCCGCGGGCGCACCGGAGAUGCGGGGAGAGUCGGCCUUCGCAGAUGAGGUUUCCCAGGUGGCGAGGAACAUCUCCUGGCACCACCGCGCGGAGGUGGAAGUGGGCCCGUACAUGCUCGACUUUGCUGCGGUGAGCACGGACGGGCAUGACCAGGAGAACCCACCGGACGGCUGGGACGAGAACAAGCCUGGACGCUCGCUGGCUCGGUACUGCGUGGCUGUGGAGGCGGAUGGGCCCACGCACUUCUACAGGCCGCACGGAAAGCCUUGGCAUUGGACCUCCACCUCCAAACUCCGCCACCGCCUGCUGUCGGCCAUGAGAAUCCGGGUGGCCCACGUGCCUUUCUUCGACUGGCUGCAGCUGGAAGGACUUGCCCAAAAGGAGGCCUACUUGACCGAACUGCUCCUCAAGGUGCACAGCAGCCCCUUCCCUUCACUGAAGCUCGAGGCCCCGGCAGGUGCUGAGCCAACCGAGCCGCCCAAUGCCAAUGCGAUUGGGGCGGAAAGGACCAGAGGUAGCUACAUCCGGCGGAAGGCAUCCUUGUUCGCCUUGUUGCUCUUCGAGAUCUGCUGCACUUGCCAGCCUGGGCUUAAGACAUCCAGCGAAGCCGUGGCGAUCUUUUGCAAGGGCAUUGCUCUCCUGCAGAUCCGCAGGAGGAUCUGCGAUGAUAGGUGUGUCGGGCCCUGGAGCUGGCCCAGCAUUGCAGGCCCUGUCAACGUACAUGUCGAAAGCGUCAAGCUGGCGAAGAAAAGUCGCCUCUUUUCAGAGGCAUUCCAGUGGAUCGACACCUGGCUUGACGAGCUGAAGGCCUUUUGGGGGUAUCUGGUACUCGCCUUUUUGCCGCAAUCGCCGGGCCUGGAUUCCCUGGACGCCUGCCCCUCCGGCACGGCUGAGUGCUAUGCCAGAGUUACAGACGAUCCCUACGAAGAGGACCUCUUCCUGCUGCAGCAUUCUGCAGCCGUGCGCGAGGCGGACGAGAUCAAUGCAUCGAAGGCCGCCUUGCGGACCGUUGGCCCCGAGCCGGACUCGACAGAGGGGCCCCUCGUGCGGCUCCUGCACCUGAUAACAUCGAUCCGUCAUCGCGCGGCCGCCCGCUGGGGCUGGGGAUCCUCAGAUCCCAAGCCGCCCUCACCAGAAGAGGAGUGCACCUCAGGACUUUUCUUCAAGUAUUCGGACGUCAAGCUAGAGGAAAAUCUGGAAGCUACCUUCAGUCUCCACUCUCAUGGAGCAGACUGCAGCAGCAAUAGCGCUUUCGGCCCCAACGAGUGCUGCCUACAGUUCGGGACUGACAUUGGCGUAACCAUCCAGGCUGUUCUCCCACAGAAUCUUACCAAGGAUGCGGUAAUGCAUACGCGCGUCUCAGCCUGGUAUGGAUGGAUCCCGCUCUGGGACUCAAUGAGCUGCAAAAUCUGCGGUGAGCCCUGCAGAGCUUGCCCCUCCAUCAGCCAGUACUUGCCUUCCCUGUUUCCAUGCGAGCCCACGCCCAUGCCGGACUGCCCGAUCCCGGCCGGAUCGGUGACAAAUUCGGCCAAUGUGACGCUACCGCUGGAUGUACAACAGAAAGCCAAAGGAAGUAAGGCGACGGUCACAUACUCCCUAACACGUGCUGACGGAUCCGUCGUGACCUCUGGCGAAGUCUUCGGCAAGGUGUCGUAG